CCCACUUUAGUCAUUACCUUCACGUGAUAGGUGCGUGGCAAGUUAAUGAAUUACCCCCAGGCACACGCGACAUGACAGAGCCACUAAGCCUGUAGUCUCCGCAUUGUAUACAGACUUAGACGACCUUCGGACCACUCAUUCUUACAUUCUUAGACAAUCCUAAGAUCAAAUCAAGAUGGCGGCUCCUCAAAACCAUGAUGUCUCCAAGGAGAAGGUUCUAGGUGUGACCCGCCCUGGAAUUAAGCCUGACGAGGUUCUAGACUUCUACAAGAAGUGGUCUAAGGAGUAUGACAAGGACCUAGACGGAGAAGAGUAUGGUGGCCCGCGGAAGGUGGCCCAGACUCUGGCGGCGUUGCUAGGCAACCGGAGGGACGCGCGGGUUCUGGACGUGGCGGCAGGGACCGGGCUCUGUGGGCAGGAGUUGUCAAGUCUCGGUUUCUCUAACCUUGACGCCUUAGACGCAAGUCAGGACAUGUUGGACGUCGCCAAGACCAAGAACGUCUACAAGAACUUCCUAAAGGAAUUUCUAGGGCCUAACCGUCUAAACAUCGAGGAUGAUACAUAUGACGGUAUCACGGCCUGUGGGCUAUUCUGUGAUGGUCACGUGGGUCCUGACUGUUUGGAUCAGCUGAUCAGGGUGGUCAAACCCGGUGGCUUCAUUUGCAUCGGCCUUCGGGAAACUCUUCUCCAUACUUCAGAGAACUGCAAAACCCUUGAACCCCGCAUGGAGGCGCUGCAGAGCGAUGGGCUGUGGCAGCGGGUUUCCCGGGAGGUAUUCCCAGGGUACUGCGUUGGGUUUGACGGAGUCGUCUAUGUCCAUAAAGUGCUGUAACCUGUCACAUUUCAAACAAGAGUUUCAUUACCUCAUACCUUUGCCAAAUGUCCUUCUUCGAAU